CUCCCGUCUUGCCUUCUCCCUCGAGUUGGAAUCCGGGAACAACCAUGAAGUGGCUGCUGCUGCUGGGUCUGGUGGCGCUCUCUGAGUGCAUCAUGUACAAGGUCCCCCUCAUCAGAAAGAAGUCCUUGAGGCGCACCCUGUCCGAGCAUGGCCUGCUGAAGGACUUCCUGAAGAAGCACAACCUCAACCCAGCCAGAAAGUACUUCCCCCAGUUGGAGGCUCCCACCCUGGUAGAUGAACAGCCCCUGGAGAACUACCUGGAUAUGGAGUACUUCGGCACUAUCGGCAUCGGAACUCCUGCCCAGGAUUUCACCGUCAUCUUUGACACCGGCUCCUCCAACCUGUGGGUGCCCUCAGUCUACUGCUCCAGUCUGGCCUGCACCAACCACAACCGUUUCAACCCUGAGGAUUCUUCGACCUACCAGUCCACCAGCGAGACAGUCUCCAUCGCCUACGGCACCGGCAGCAUGACAGGCAUCCUCGGAUACGACACUGUCCAGGUUGGAGGCAUCUCUGACACCAAUCAGAUCUUCGGCCUGAGCGAGACGGAACCCGGCUCCUUCCUGUAUUAUGCUCCCUUCGACGGCAUCCUGGGGCUGGCCUACCCCAGCAUUUCCUCCUCUGGGGCCACACCCGUCUUUGACAACAUCUGGAACCAGGGCCUGGUUUCUCAGGACCUCUUCUCUGUCUACCUGAGCGCCGAUGACAAGAGUGGCAGCGUGGUGAUAUUUGGUGGCAUUGACUCUUCUUACUACUCUGGAAGUCUGAACUGGGUGCCUGUUACUGUCGAGGGUUACUGGCAGAUCACCGUGGACAGCAUCACCAUGAACGGAGAGACCAUCGCCUGCGCUGAGGGCUGCCAGGCCAUUGUUGACACCGGCACCUCUCUGCUGACCGGCCCCACCAGCCCCAUUGCCAACAUCCAGAGCGACAUCGGAGCCAGCGAGAACUCAGAUGGCGACAUGGUGGUCAGCUGCUCAGCCAUCAGCAGCCUGCCCGACAUCGUCUUCACCAUCAACGGAGUCCAGUACCCCGUGCCACCCAGUGCCUACAUCCUGCAGAGCGAGGGGAGCUGCAUCAGUGGCUUCCAGGGCAUGAACGUCCCCACCGAAUCUGGAGAGCUUUGGAUCCUGGGUGAUGUCUUCAUCCGCCAGUACUUCACUGUCUUCGACAGGGCAAACAACCAGGUCGGCCUGGCUCCCGUGGCUUAAGCCUAAGUCUCUUCAGCCACCUCCCAGGAAGAUCUGGCCUCCGUCCUGUGCCCACUUUAGAUGUAUCUAAUUCUCCUGACUGUUCUUCCCAGGGGAGUGUGGAGGUCUUGGCCCUGUUCCCUGUCCUACCGAUAACGUAGAAUAAAAACAUAACCUAGUGAAACAGG